CUUCUGAACAACUUGUCCUUAUUUCAGGGUUACAAUUUUUUCACCUAUGAGCCUGAGUUAUGUCUACGAAAUCACAAUAUUACAUCAGUUAAAUCUUCCCCCAAAACCAAGGCCACUUGAAACCAAUAGCAACAUAGCAACAAGCGUCACUGAGGGGAUAUGCAAUAAAGUCGCUCCGUACAGUAUGAUAAUUUCCCAAGCAUAUUUCUAGAAAUGGAAUCUCCAUUUUGAGAAUAUAUUCAGAAUGUCUGACUGAUUUUUCGGAUCAUACAAAUCCAUAUUGUUUAGUUAGGUAACUUCCACCUAUGUGACCUCAGUAAUGUUUUGAAAAUUUAUUUACCUGCGCAACCUCCUGCUGUCGGAUAAGGGAUGGGUUUGGAGUGCUAUACAGUAUUAGAAUGUAUUGGAGAAGGCUCAUUUGGUCGUGUUUUUCGUGGUAGAAGGAAGGAAACAGGACAGAUUGUAGCCAUGAAAUUUAUACCUAAAGUUGGUAAAAGUGAAAAUGCUCUUAAGAAUCUGAAGUUGGAAAUUGAAAUAAUGAGGUCAAUGCACCACACUAAUAUAAUUGAAAUGCAGGAUUCUUUUGAAACAGAAAGAGAGGUUGUUGCAAUAACUGAUUAUGCAGAAGGAGAUCUUUUUCAAAUAAUAGAGGAUGAUGGACGACUCUCUGAAGAGACUGUCAGGUCUGUGGCCUGUCAGUUGGUGUCAGCCCUUUACUAUCUUCAUGCAAACCGCAUUUUGCACAGAGAUAUGAAACCACAAAACAUUCUUUUGGGGCAAGAUGGAGUUGUUAAACUCUGUGACUUUGGAUUCGCUAGAGUUAUGGGUUGGAAUACACUAGUCCUUACGUCUAUAAAGGGAACUCCUUUGUAUAUGGCACCAGAAAUCAUUGAGGAAAAGCCCUAUGACCAUACUGCCGACCUCUGGGCGCUAGGCUGUAUACUGUACGAAUUGUUCGUUGGCACUCCGCCAUUUUAUACGAACAGUAUAUUUCAACUUGUCAAAAUGAUCACAAAGACUGCUAUUCAGUGGCCACCGGAUAUGUCAUCAGUUUUCAAAGACUUUUUGGCGAGACUACUUCAAAAAGACGUACGACAACGAUUGCAGUGGCCGGACCUUUUGGAUCAUCCAUUUGUUUGCGACAAAAUUGAAAUUUCACCAGGUGUGCGUUUACUUUCUAGUCCGUUAACACAACCAUUGACUCCAAGUCAGCUGGCAGAAAAAGAAAGGCAAAGGUUACUAAUGCUGAGACCUAAUGGAUCUAGAGUUCUCAGACGUGCUGGUGGCGACCAGUUCAGUAAACUUAAACAAGUUAAAGAAGAAGAUAAACUGGACGACUCUAUGGACCAUCGCCGUGGGAAAUCUGCUGUUAGAGAUUCACCAGCAUCAAAUAUGAGGAGUAAUGCUGCUGACAAAAGGCACUCCAAAUAUGUCUCAGAUAAGCCUCCAUUGUCAAAAUUAGGAGAGAAAGGUAAAAUAACCAGACCUAAAUCUCACACAAAGGCUAUGGAGGAGCAACAAGAAUUACUUAGAAGACCGAAUUCAGCAGAUAAUGACGGAGAAGAAAACGAACAAACUGCACAAAAUGCAUCAAAUAAGCGACCACAAAGCUGUGAUGCCUUAAAUUCAGAAAAGAGAAUUCCAGACUGGUCUCAAAUUGAAGAUACUUCAGUAGAACCUCCAACUCCAAGGGAGAAUCGAAUAUCCACUGACUAUGAUCGUGAAAAUGCAGUACAUGAACGUUGUCAGGAAAAGUAUCGAGAAGUCAGUGAAACAGAUAGUAGGCAGUAUUCUGUAGAAAGUGAUGUACGUUUGUUGAAUAGCACAAUUAUUGAUGGUGUUGAUGAGAAAGGUAUUGUAAAAUACAAUCGCUCAGGUAUUCGUAAACAAAGUUCACUUGAUGCACUCGACAAAACAUCGUCUAGGACACAUCAUGCAAUGGAAUAUACCGGUUGGUGGUUACGAGCUAGUGCAGAGGCCUGGGAACGUUUAGCUGAUGCAACAGACAUUGAAUUUCCUCAUCCACCUGGAUGUGAACCAGAAAGUACUCGACACUCUUCAGAAAUUAAUAGACAACCUAAACGCAGAACAGCACUCAGUUUACUCUGUGAUAGUGAAUUCGGUCAACGAUUGUCAUUAAGAUUGGCUUCAGCUUCUGUCAUUACCGAUAAAGCUGCUUGGAAGUCUAUACAUCCAUGGGCAUCAGCUCUAAGUGAACGUUCUUCAUCUAUAGUUCAUAAUCGCCCAGUUUCUGCAGGAACUAAUCAAACUAAAGAGUUAUCAGGUGAUGUAGAAUUUGGACUUGAAGCGGCCGCCUAUUUAAGGACAUUACUACGUUUAGUCACAAAUUUAAUCACAGUUAAAUGUGAUGUCACAAUUAUUGUACAGUUUUGUGAGGUAACAGAAUUACCUGUACAGUUGAUAAAAUUAAUGCAAUCCCUCCUUAAUUGCACACAAUUGCAUCAAAAAAUGUGGUAUGAACAGAUCCUGUUAGAUCUAAUAAUAGCAAUAAAUGCAUAUUUUGUCAGUGAAAUUGGUCAACGACAAAAUAUCCCACAUUCUGUAUUACAAAGUUAUACUGAACACGCACUUUGCUUUAUUGAACUUGUACCGCGGCUUGUGAAUCAGGAAUGUGAUAAGGAAUUGCAUUUACGCGAUCAAACUUUACUUUGCAUUCGUUAUUUAAUUGAACGCAUGGUUGAGAGACCUUCAUCAAUUGUUGAAGAAUUCUUCGCUGAACUGAAAAAACAUCAUCUACAGACUAUAAAAACUCUUGUAUUAAUGCCAUCAGUCAGUCGGUAUAGUAUAGCUGAUGCUGAUGUUAAUCGGUUAGAUGAUAUUCGUGAGCAUGCUAUGGGUGCUUUAACUGCUUUCACAUGCCCCUUCUCUACAGUAUGCUUGUCAAUUGAUCCAGAUAGUAAUACAUUUGGUGCAAUCACAAAACCGGGGAAAUUUUCAAUACGAACACAUGAUAUUGCUAUGUUCAUUGCAAAUCAACUAUGCCAACCAGAGUUGGAAACACAUUUACGCGUUUAUAUUUCGUAUCUGUGGGUUAGUCGUUUAUGUAUACAUACAGCAAAAGUAUUUUAUGACUGUGUACAAGCUGAUACAUUAUUUGCUCAUUAUUGUAUCAAAAAGUUUCCUAUAUACUUGGAAGCUCUGUUGGAUUUAUUACGUGGCAGUGUUUCAGUUUCAAAGUCGGAACGUGUGACUUUAGUAGAACUGGUUAUGCAUUCGUUAACUGCACUGAUUAUUCAAUUGGGUUAUGUACCUGAAUUGAUAUUACAAAACAAGGCACAAUUUUGCAAAAUGCUUGUUGAAUCACACGUCCCAAGUCAUGCGGCUGCAUCAGCUUUGCUGCUAUCUCAAAUUUAUGAAUUACAAGAGUUUAAAAUACCGGCUAAACCUCAUGAUAUUGUACAAGCAAUGUCGCUGAUUCUUGUAUCACCUAUCGCUCAGAGUCAAACAGCACGUAAUCGACUAUUGGCUGCUUUAAGUGAAUCAACACCACGUAAUGUUGGUAGGUCUAAUUCAAAAGAGAAUGUCGGCGAAUCUCAGGCUGAAAUGGAUCUUCUUAUGACCUUUGGUUUACCACAAUUAUUAUGGCCAUCGAAUCAUGGCUGGCUUGAUGGUUUGUUUGACUUAGCUCAAAUUAUGUGUACACAGGCUGGUAAUAUCAUUUAUCAAUCACUUAUGGAGUUUCGAAUACCUGAAAGGAUAUGGCAGUGUUUAGAGCAAAUAUUUGAUCUUCAUAAAUCGGCUGGUUCAUCAGUAGACAGCGAGCAUGCAGUUGACCUAGUUAUGCUAUCCCCAAGGGGAAUACUAUCAGCUUUAAAUUUAGCUGCAACGAUUUUCUCUAAGAAACCAAAAUUAUGUAUCGAAACGUUGUUGUGUAACCAAAGUCAAAUGUUAUCUGUUCUCAAGCAUUUCUUUACAAGUCAGUGUAUCGAUGAUCUACGUCGUAGUUCUUGGGCUGCAUUGCAUCCAACCAACUUGAUACUGGAUAUUCUUAGUUCAUGUGCUCAUUUAUUGUACUUUCCGUUUAAAUCUGGUGACGAGGAUUAUAAAAUUGCGUUGACCAGACUUUAUUUGGAGAAUCAAAUGUUAGCUCAUUUUAUGCAUACAUUAUGCUAUAUCUGCAAUUUAACAAAAUCCUAUAUUCCUUUAAAACAAACUACUGCCCAUACAACAAUUAUUGACAAUAAUAAUAACAAUAAGCAUAGAAAUAAUGAUUGUGAUACACUGACAUUGAAAUCAAUAGAAAAUGAUCCAGUCCUCUUAUCGCAUACUCAAUCCAUCCUAAUGGUUGCAUUCAAGCUAUGCUGUGAUCCAAUUAACUUGCAUGGUACAGACAGCACAGAUGAGAUUAUGUAUCAGUAUAGUGUAUAUGAUAUAAUUAAUGAAGAGGGAUUAACUUGUCGAAAGAUACUUGGUAAACAAUUGAUCAAUUUACUGUUUGGAUCUGAUCUAGAUGAUUAUGAGCCUGAAGUGAAAGCGAUUCAUGAAUUGAUUCGGUGGUGUUUUACAUCACCUAUCAAAGAAAUUCAAUGGGGAUCGUGUGUUCUGUUAUCACAGUUCUUAGCAUUUCGAAUUUUAGAGUUAUCUGAUCGCAAAAGAGAUAUUCGUCCAGUUAAACCUGAUCAAAUGAAAAUUGUCGAAGAAGGCCGUACAGCUGGAAAUUUAGUCUGGUCCCUGUUGAUCCCAGUCGACAAACCUGAUAUACAAACUCCAGACAAUUUGUUAAAUCUUAUCAAAGAUUCACAUACGAUAACAGCUAUCCAUGGAUUGAGUUUAUUAAAUAAUCUAAUGCUUUGUAUGUAUAUCGAAUCGAAUAUGCGUGAAAUCCUGCCACAGUUUACCAAUGAACUGCAAUGUCAUCAAAUAUGUCGUUUCCAGUUCAAUGUUAAUAGUCCAAUACCAAAGCGUAAACAAUUACUUGUCUCCUCGAGAACAUGUAUUCUAUUGGAUAGUAAACAUUUGACAUGGUUCUUUGAUCAACCACUUGAUCUAUGCGUUCAACACCUACAUCAUAAUUGUUCAGUUAUACGACAGUAUGCUUUAUUAUGUAUAGGCAAUGCUUUAUUUCUGUCGAAUGAAUUCUGUCCUGUUGUGCUACCGGCUAUCCCUAGGGUUGUUGCACUGCUAACGGAAGACACUUCAUCCCGAGUUCGAACUAAUGCCGCAGCUAGUCUCGGGAAUACGUGUUAUCAUAUAGAUCAGUUGUAUGAUUCUCUUUGUAAAAAUAAUGUCCUCCAUGCGUAAGUUAACUCGCAGAGGAAAUUAUAAAAUUAACUAAUUAUUUGUUGAUAUUUUGGUGGGUGAUGACUAGCAGUGGGUCAUUGGAUGCACAUUCUAUCAGCUGUAUGUAUCUGCAUUCCCAGUGACUGCAGUUGUUCCCAUCGGGACUCGAACCGAUCACCUUUCGUUUCAACCACUAAAGAGUUAUCCACUAAGCUACUUGGUCCACGAAGGCUACCUUAUGUGCGACAGGUAUCAAUUAUUAUUUGUUUAAACUAAUUUAAUAUUUCCCAAUGGGUCGAUUAAAUAUUAUUAUAUCGGCCUCUGUCGAUAUGUCAGCCCCUAGUUUUGGUGAAAUGCACAUCCAGGAUUCCGGUGCUAGUCAUCAUACCCACCAAAAUAACGUGUUCAUCGUCAGACAUUAUCGAAGCAUCCGUACUAGGCACCACCAACAUAAUCAACAGAGACCGAAGAUUUAGGUCCAGCGUAAUCAAUCUACGGGAAAUACAAAAUAAAUUUAAAUAAAUAUUUGUUAAUAAAUUAAUUCCCAAAAAUCUGAUUUUAUUCUGAAAGAAAAACAAGACAAAAGUUUCAGGUUUUGGAAACCACUAUCAUCACUCGGUCGGUAUCAAUGAUAAUAAUAAUAAUAACAAUAAUAUUGUUAUUGUUCAAAUUUGUCGCCAUGUCUCAUAUUCAAUAAAUUUGAUUACUAAAUUCGUAUUCUUUUUUUCUGAAUGCUCUUAUCUAAAGUAGAGUAAAUAAUUUUCUUUUCGAAAUCCACUCACACAUCUAAAAGACUACUUCACGACGCCACUAGAUAGAAUUCAUUUUCCAUUUCGGUUGUAUUAUGACUGUAUGUUAUGCCUAACAUAAAGUCAGUUUAGAUAAGCCUACAUUUUAGUAGGUAAACUUCUCAUAAAUUGAAAGUGAUUUUAUCAUUGUUAUUAUUAUUGUUAAUAUUUAUGAUUACCCGUUGAAAUAUGUAGAAUGAAUUGAUUUCAACUCACUUUCUCGAUGAACAGAUUAAUUACCUGUUUCACAAUAAGUGACUCUCAUGACUAAAUGACCUUAUGGAGAAGGUGUGGUGUAUAAAACAAUGAUUGCAGGUUCAAGUCUCAGUAGGAGUAGGAGAAAACCAUCACGUGGGUCUCCGAUGUGAUGAAACGCACAUCAUGGAUUACCAUAUCAACCAAAUGGCACUAUGUUAACCCGAAAGAAUUGUUGAAUAUUUCGUAUUAGUGAGCCCAUAUUGUAACGUUAAGAGACGAAAAACUUGGUGAAGGAAUGUUUAUUUGGAAUUAUAUAUAUAUUAUAUAGCGAAACUAUCUGCACCUAAUCUUCAGAUCACCAUUUGCACAGAUCGUCCGUGUUGUGCUACUCCUGGCCUUCAUGUUAUGUUUCUUUCACGUCUUCCAUGUAUCUACGCAACGCUGUAUCAAGCAAUAAAGGUUAAUAAAGCAGGAUUUAAUGAAUUCAUCAAAUUUCGGUAGAACUCGUCAACUGAAUACUCUACAUACACGGUUAUACAUACUUUUGAACUUACAUUGGGAGAUAUACGACUGAUAAGCAAACAAACUACAUUGAAUUAGUCAUGCGGAAAGACACGUGCGAAUGUUUUCCAGGUCAUGUUCAAAUAGAUAAGGGGAGAGAGAGUAUGAGAGAUCAAAAUUAAGAUAAAUUGCAUUACACUUCAAUUACAUCACUUAGAUAAGCAAUUAGUUAUUAGGGAAUAUAACGAGAAUUGCAAACAAACUAAUAUCAGUAGUAAUAGUUAUAAUAAUAAUAGUGUUGAAGUGAGUUAAGAUAAUCUUACUGAUAAAGCAUAGUUUUAAAUGAAUCAAUAAUAAUAAUAAUGAGGUAGAAUAAUAGUAAUAACAAGUAGAGAAUAAUAAGCAAAACGUAUUACCAUGGUAGUUUCAGAGUCACAACCAUCUCCUUUUGUAUACAGAGAGCUGGUUUAUAAAUUCGAAUUGCACAAGCCUCUGCAUUUGCAAGCAUCUUCUUGUUUCUAUGUUUGCUGACAAUGGUGAAUGACGUGACCGCGUCGAUAUCAUGUCCGUGAUCCAUAAGAUGUUUUGUUAUUGAGGAUUUCGGCACUUUGCACUCAGCUGUUUUCAACCAUUUUGGCAAAUGUUCCAUCAUGCGAGUAGACAAUUGCCUUUCCGUACGACCUAUGUAUUUGCUGCCACAAACACACUCAAAUUGAUAUACGCAGUUUGGAGUGUCCAGGAUUGGUGACUGGUCCUUCCCAGAUUGUUGAAGCACACUCGCUUGGUGGUGUUUAGGAUAACAAGUUUUACAGCAUAAUAAGUUCUCUUGAUGGCUUUGUCUAGUCUUCGUUUGACUAAUUCCUGUACGUGAUCUCCUUUGAACGGCAAACUGAUAUAGACAGGUUUCUUCAGAACAGUUUGAAUUGUUUUGCAGGGGGUAGUUUCUUUAGAGUAUUUAUUAAUGAACUUCUCAGGAUAUCCAUUCUUAGAUAAAAUAUCCUUCGGAGAUUUUAUUUCAUGCUCAGUAGUACUGUCAGAACAAAUUUUUCGUGCUCUAUUGAACAGUGUUCUGACUAAGUUCUUUUUGUACUUAGUCAGUAGCACACAAUACGUCAACAAAAAUUGGACAUUUCGUUUGAAUAUAUUCAAUCAUAUUGAAAACCCCUUGUGUUUACAUAUGAAGUGUAUUUAUUAUAUUUUUUUAAUCAUGGAAGGGGGAAGUAAAUAUACUCAACCAUUUCCAUGAACAAUAAUAUAAAGUAAAUUUAGUCUAAAAAUAAAAAAUAUGUUCACAUAUUGAUGAGUAAUUACAAUGUCUUGUAUCAUUAUUUGUGUAGUAUUUUGGCUUAUAUUCAUUUAUUCAAUCAUUCUAUUUGCUGUAUAAAGAUUAAAAUAUUUCUCAUAUAAAAAGAUGACAAUAAUAAUAACAGCAUAUGAGGCAAAACAUGAGGUUUAUACCUCAGUUGACAUGCACAUACAUUGACAGAACACAGGAAGGGCUGAAUAAUUAUACAGAAUUAAACAACCUGCUUAUUGAGAAACUGGGCAUAAAAGUAAAGCAUGAUUUGUCCUGAAAUGACACAUACAUGUAGUUGUUUCCUUUUUUUGAAAUAAAUACGUGCUAUGAAAUGAACUUCAUAUCUGUCUUUGUGUCCUUUCACCUCUUAGUUUCUUUUUAUUUGUUGACUUUGUUGGCUUUAAUUUUAUCAUGACAAUAAUCUAUUUUCUCAUUCUUUACUUUCCGAGUUGAAUGUAAGGCAUAAAGCUUUGAGCUUUGAAGAUUCAGUAGCGAUGGUAUUGUUUUUUCUUUACAGGAGUUGAGGUUGUUAGUCUUGACUCUCAACCUCCCGUCUUUUCCAAUCUUAAUACUGGCUAGUAAACUAGGCAAGGUGUUAGGGACUGCGUUGAAAGCAAAUCUAGCCCGAACCAUUUGCGUGACUGGUGUGCAUCCUACCAUUGAACCACCGACGCUGACAAUAAUCUUGUGUCACUUUUUCCGAAAGGAUAAUAAAACGUUGAAUUCCGUUCAUAUAGGAUGUUUGAACUGUUAUAUCGAAAUCCAGAAGGGCGUAUACCUCUCGAGCUUUCCCAAUACAGGUUUGGUUGUCGAAUGUUGCUUUCGCAAAUCUUUAGUACCUGCAGUUUCGCUCACUACCUACAAAAUCUAGCUUCUUCAAAGUAAGGGCAUUCGGUGACUUUUGCUCGUCUGAUGUUCGCUAAUUUGCAUUAUAUCUGACGUUGUUUUACAUAUCCUGCUAUCCACUGUUCGCUAAAUAUUAUUUUCACGACAACGAGGUAGCUGUUGAAUGAGGAAGAUAUAAAAAUACUGGUCAUUUAUGACUAUCGAUGUCUACGUUUAAUUUCUCUUGGUAGGCAGUAACAUACUGUCAGUGAUAAUAAGUUUUCUUUUAGAGUCUUAGGUAUACACAGGAAUUCACCUGAUUAGGUUGUGAAGCUGCAUCGAUUGAAAAAUUUUGGACAUGUGUUAGGCAUGCCGAGCAAUUGCCUUCGUCGACGAGGAAUCUUGUCGGAUACAGGAUUACAUUACUGGGAAACAUGAAAGCAAUCCAUGAAGGUUUUGAAUGCUGAGCCUUAUAAGUAAGUGUAGAUUCCCUACUUGAAUCUUUUAGAUAUUAAAACCUAAUGACGCAGAUAAAGUCACUCUUUGUAACCUUCCAGGUCUCCAAUAUUCUUCCUCCCUUAUAUUUCCUUCUACUGUGAUUUCAUCGAAUCCAUUUUCUUUGUCUCCACAUGUGCUUAAAUAAAGUACGGCAACUUGGAAUACCUCAAUUUUAUAAACAGAUCUACACUACUAAGGCAUUAAGUCAGUCAACAGGAUCAAGUCUCAUGGAUGACAAGUAAAUAGAAUAAAAUCUGUAGUAAUAGCAGUUGGAGACUGACUGACUAAGUUUUAGCAUAGAACCUUGCACAAAAGUGCAGCAGUUCAUGUUGCCACACUCCAUAUAGCAUACAAAUGUAGAGAAAAUAGAGAGAGAGAGAGAGGAGAUUCAAUGGAACUAUAAUGAACAGAAAUGUAUAGAAGAAAGAACAAUUACAUGGAAAACGUGACGGUUUAAAUGAUAUGGCAGAUUACAAAGAGUGAAUGCAUCUGCGCCGUGGAGAAUGAUUUUGAGCUAUAUCACCAAUACUCGUCAACCAAUGGUUCUUAGGAUCCUGAUGUCGCCAAUCAGGCACUCUGCACCUCCCCACUUUGUUGGCUCAAACCUACUGUCCACGAUUUCAUGGAGUGAUGCCACGCCGAGUAGACAAAUAUAACUUUGUUAUUGUAAUAAUACUUUUCUUUGUAGAUUUAUCUUCAGUAUAGUUAAAAUAUCUUUGGUCUAACCAUAGAGAUUUCUAACGCUUUUCAAUUGUUUGAUAAAUAUUUUAUUUUUUAUUCACCAGUUUAAAUCAAAGUCGUUCUUUCUCUGUCCUUGUAUUUAACGUUUUGUGGUAAUUCAGUGAAUUUCUGGUAUGAACACUGUAAUUCUUAACUUUCGACUACUGAGUUUUUCUUUAUGUGCAUGUUUUUCCAUUCCGUUGGAUUUUUUUCUGUUCUCUGAGUUUGUUAAGAGCGGAAUUAUCAAAGAUAUCAGUAAUAUAUAAACUAUUUAGUAUGUUCAAUAACAGUCGUCUUCAUUGAAGUAGCAAGAUGGAACAAGGAUGCUGACUACUACUGUUCUUAAGUUUUUUUUCUUAGCAAUUCAUUAGUGCCAACUUCAUUUGCGUUGCUUCUGAUUUUGCUUUUCUUUGAAACAGUCUCUUAGAAACUGGAUGUUUAGAUGGUGAUCGAAGAGUUCAAGAAGCUGCCUUAGCAGCAUUACGUGCCCUUUGUUUAGUCGAUGAUCGUUUACGUCAGGAUUUAUCCAACAUGAAUACAGUGAAGAGGUUGAAUGAUAUGCAGGCUAAUCUGAAACACAUUGGUUCAAAUCGUUCAGGGCGUAAAUCAAGCGCUAGAAGUCGUAUGUCAAUCACGCAAUUAGGCUUGAUCGAUUACGAUGUAAUUUCUCAGCAUGCUACAGCUAUCUGUAAUUUGCUGUCGACAAAUUAAGUGCAGUGGUGACUAACAAACAGCAUAGAUUUCACUUAGGUUAGGAGACAAAAAUAACCAAACGAUAACAAAAUGCGAUGACUAAUUCACUUGCUUUAAUGGUAAUGACUAGUCGGCUUGUUUUGUAACAUGACUAACAGAAGUGUUUUUCUGCGUCUCCCUCUCUCUCUCUAACCAUGGUCUCUAUUUUUAAAGCUGUUCUGUGAUGAUUUUGUGUGCCACAAUGAGAAAUGGUACUAAUGCUAGUGAUAACAAUAAUAGCAACAACGCCACCAGAAUGUACAGUCCUCUUUGUUUUGUUAACCUCCUUUUUUAAAAAAAAAUUAUCUUAUUUGUUUAUUUUUUAUUGGCAUAAAAAUAUGUUUUUAUAUCCAAUAAUGUUUUUUCCUUGAUAAUAUUUUUAUACAUGUCAUGUCUAAUAUUCUCUACUGACUACGCUGUAUACAUGAUGUGACACAUGCAUACAUAUACGCAUGUAAUUGUCUUUAACUACACUUUACUAUCUUAAAGGAAAAUAGAUCUGUUGACAUUACUAUGCGCCUGUAUCCUGAUGACUGUUACUGUUGUCAUUAUAUUGUAAUUUGGUUCGCUCUCUGAUCAUCGAUUGGUUCGUGUAUUUUUAUUGUCAUUUCUCCUUCUUCUACUGCUGAUGACGACGGUGAUGAUUCAUCUAUUCACCCUCUUGUUUUGUUUUUGUUUUCGCUAUUUAAAGAAAAAUUCAUUCUCCUCCAUUUUUUGUAACAAAAUGAAAAUAAAAUAAAAUCCGUUUUCGUUUUGUUGUUUAUUUCUCAUUUUUUUUUGUUAUUCAUUGAACUCAGAGUUAAGAUUUUCGGAAAACAGAGACUUAUACGUGAAUACUAUUGUGAAAGGCUUUUAAGAAUAAGAAAGUUGGCGUGGUGAGUGUGGUAAUCAUUUAAGCUUUUCUAUUCUCUCGGUAUGUCUGCAUGUUCCAAAGCCUUCUCAACUUGUGUGCAUGGUGUAUUCAUUGUGCAUUUGUGUGUGUCCAUCGCUAAUGGGUAACUUUGAGAUUUCUACAAAACCCAAGUGAAUCCUAUGUUGUAUAUGAUUUGUUGACUAAAUGAAUGUGACAUGAGUUAGAAUUUCAAUUUUUAAAUUAAUUCACGAUUUUCUUUCU